UUUAAGGUAUACUUAAUAAAUUUAGACCGGCGGCCUGAAAGGAAGGAAAGAAUGUUGAACACCCUUUCUGAAAUGGGUAUUGAUACUCAUAUCUUCUCUGCUGUAGAUGGCCAAGCAUUAAAUGAUACUUAUAUUAAACAACUGGGUAUCAAAAUGCUUCCCGAAUAUGCUGAUCCAUAUCACAAAAGACCUUUAACAAGAGGUGAGAUUGGUUGUUUCCUUAGCCACUAUCAUCUGUGGAGAGAUAUGAUUGAAAAGCAGCAUCGAACAGCAUUGGUUUUAGAAGAUGAUCUUCGAUUUGAGCCAUAUUUCAACAAGAAAAUUGAAAUGCUUCUGAAAGAAGUGCAGAAGGUUGGAUUAUUAUGGGAUUUGAUCUAUUUGGGACGAAAACGUUUAUCUGAUGACGGUGAGCCAUAUGUGCAAGGUACAUCAAAUUUAGUACACGUUAACUACUCGUACUGGACUUUAAGCUACUUAAUUACUCUUGAAGGUGCGAAAAAACUUGUUGCAGCUAAUCCUCUUUCGAAGCUAAUUCCUGUGGACGAGUUUUUACCAAUUAUGUUUGAUCGACAUCCUGAGGAGGUGUGGAAAGGCUAUUUCCCAAAACGAAAUCUGCGUGCUUAUUCAGCUCAUCCAUUGUUGGUGUAUCCAACUCAUUACACAGGAGAAGAAAACUACAUAAGUGAUACAGAAGAUUCAGAUAUUGCAUUGUCAGUUAUUAAAGAUGAGCUUUAGGAACGAAGUUUAGUAAAACAAACUUUAAUCUCUAUUUAUAUUUUUGUAUGGUGCUUUAAAUUGCUGCAGCUUUAGAAAAAAAAAUUGUGUUGUUUUCUAGUCAGAGAUAUAUGCUGAUAAAGAUUUUGCUUUCGUUGCUUUACAUGUUUGUUUAAUAUGUUGAUGUUUUAUAUUUUAUUGAAUCUUUUUUAUACAAUGGAUUCUAUUUUUACCGUCAAAAGUGUAGAAAUAAUGUUUAAAUAGAUAUUCUUUUUAGAAGAAUUUUUUGCCUUUUUAUUGAGGGCAUUUAGUCAAAGGAAUAUUUACUUUUUACUAAUAGAAACUUGGGGAAAUAUAUGCUCAAAACUGACUUUUAUUGUUUAAACUUUGUAUAUUUAUUUGUGCCAAACAUUAUCUUGUCAUAAAUUUGUCUUUUAAGACUGGAGUGCCUUUAAUAGUCAUUUAUUUGUUUUACUGUAUGAAUUAUGUGCAUUAUAUUUUAACCCCAAGUGGCAUGACUGCCUGUAUCCAGUCAUGAGAUUUUUUCUGUCUUGAUAUAUAUAUUAGUUUAUAAUAUAAAAUAUUUUCCCUUCUUACUUUCUUUAAUGAUGUAAAUGUCUUUGAUGAAUGGAAGUUUUAUGAAAACAGAGACUAAAAUAAGUAAUUUUACAAAUUUAGCUAUUAAAUGUAGUUUCAGUAUAGGUCUUCAUGAGCAGAUUCAAAAACUCAUGCCACUUAGAGGGUUAUACAAAGAUAUAAAAAACCUCGUAUAUUUAUAUGACUGACAAAUGUGAUGCAGAAUAUUCAUGUCAGUCCAGAAUUUUUCUGUUUAGGAACAUUAUUUCAAAUUUAACUUUCCACCAAUAUAAAGUUUUAAUGUGCCAGAAAUUUUCUCUUGAUAUCUUUUUUUCCAUUAUUUAGUGUGACACCUUUUAUUUCUAUCAUAUACUUAGUCUUGUACCGGGCUUAUGUAACAAAUUGAUAGCAGGAGCAGUUAUGGUAUAUUUUGAGGCAACUGGAUAUUUGAUUGUGUGGCUAUUACAGAUCCAUAUAGAAAAUAGCAAUGAAACUUCCCAUGCUUAUUUACCAUCCUCUUCUUUACUAAUACUUGCUGGUUUAUCCUACAUGCUAUGAGUAUCAGAAAUCUUUCUGAAAAUUAUUGGUUCAGUAAUGGCAGUUUAAUGCUGUUAUACAUUGUAGAAAACGUUUCAAAGAAUUACUCAGGAUUUCAUUAGGAUGCUGUAUUACAUGCCUUAUAUUUCACAGUUAGCACUUUGAAAAAGAAUAAUAAAUGCUAAUUAAAAGCGUGCAUUGUACACUAUACAGAGUUUCCUUAAAAAAAAAAAAAUACAAGACUUUCUAUUUUAUAUUUUUUUAGAUGAAUUCUUCAAAGCUAACUGGAAGAUUGUAAUCCUGCAACAUUUGCAUAAAUUUAUGGAAUGAUAUGGUAGAAUACUUUAUAACACAAGCUUAACUGUUUUCAUGCCAAAAGGUUAUCUUGGAAAAUGUACUUUUUAUUACAAAUUUGUGUACAAGCAUAUUGCUGAUCAUUAUUUAGCCAAGACACUGACUAACUCAGUUUGGUCUCGCAUUCAGUGAAAUAUUGUUAUUUUUUUUUAACCAUGGAAACUAAGUAGAAUUUAGUAUUUAAAGAUGAAUUAAAAAUAAGAAAUUUGCUAAUUACAUCCAGAGAGAUAGGAUGCACAUUGCCAAAAAAGGAAUAGGCUCGUUCUAUAUUCAUGUUCAAUUACAUUUACAGUGAGACAGAAGCACCUGUUUUCGAAGAUUAUUGCAGAUUUAUUGUAAGAAACAUGCUAUCAUUCUUAAUUAAUAUGUCUAAGAAUGCAGUUUAAAAAAAAAAAAGUUAAGUUUGAUAAUACAUUUGCUGCCAGAGAAAACAGGAAAUAUUUAUUAUCUCAUUUUCUUUUCAUAGUUGUAAAUCAGUAGCUAAAUCGAUGCAUUUUUAUCAUGAUUUCUUUGAUUUAAUGAUUAGAUAUUUUCAGUUAGUAAAUCAAGGAUUUAUUGAUGUAUUCACAUAUGAAGAUCAGCAAGUUCACUCUCACAGAUUCGCAGUAAUUAUAAAACUCCACAGAAAGUGUUGUCAUGCUGUGUGAUUUGGAAUUUUUUUCUGCAAAAUAAACUGCUUUUGCUGUAUGGAGUUUAUUUUCAAAAAAUACUGGGGGGAUUAGUGGUAGUUUCAGUAACUUUAUCUAUUCAUUUUGUAAUUUUUUUCUAGACGUUUUUGAUUUGAAUCAGAUUUUCAGUUUUUUUUUUUUUUUUUUUUUUUUGGCUAAAUUAUGUCAUUGUACUUUCUGGCAUAUUAGAUCUUCCAAUGUCUUUUAAUUUAUAAAUUGUUCAUAUGAGAAAUUCAGGAAUGCAUAUCAUAUUUUUUUAGUUGACUAGAUAUUUUCAUUAUUUUUAGUUGGAACAGUUUUUACAUAUUUAAUAACUUUUACUGAGAUUGAACAAAUCAGUGACCUUACAAUGUAUUUCUAUUGCAGUGAGUUAUCUUAGACAUUUUAUUUGCCACUUUCAGGUAAAGUUCGUUUGUGAUUUAAUAUGAUAUUGCAUUUCUAGUAUGACAGAUUCAGUGUUGCUGAAGUGAAAAUUCUUGUGUUUUAAUUGCAUUAAGUUCCAUUCAUAUUUCUUGAUUAUAAAUAUUUUGAUAUAAAAUGCUCAUACAUAUGUACACUUCUUUUAUAAUUUAAAAGUAUUACAUAUGCUCUUCGACUUUUAAUAGAGUUACAGUUUAAUAAACUAGCCCACUGCAAAAAUUUGUAGCUUAGUCUAGUAUAUUGUAUGUAUGUUCAGAAGACCUACCACAGUUCAUUGAUUUUCAUAGUGAUAAUACAAAAGUUAUGUAUGUUGAAAGAAUUUAUUUGCACAUGUGAUCCAAAUGAAGUUAACCUUUAACUGCUGUGAGAAUUUUUUCGGCAUAAUUACUGUGAGCGGUCUCACAGACCGCAUUAAAAUACGUACUUUUAUGCCUUUUUAAAGAAUGAUAUAGAUACUUUAUACAUAUUUAUAUAAUUCUAAUUCAUUUAAAUCAAUAUAUUUUAAACAUAAAUCAUUUGAUUUUACGCAGUUAAAUUCAUAUAAAAAUAGGACUAUUUCUUCAUUUUAAGGAACAAAGUUUUUAAAGAACAAAGAGUUUAUUAAACAUACAUGAAAAUACAAUGUCACUUUAUUAAGUAUUACUGUCAAUUAAACCAUAAUUCUACAAUAGUGAAUUUAAUUAUUAAUAAAUAAUAGAUAAGUAUAUCUUUGUUUUCACUGAUGAAUUCUAAGAUGAUAUACUGUCAAAAUACAUUAUUUGAGAGCAUGGAAGACACACUGGUUCCUUGCAUUCCAAGCAUUUAUAUGCUGUUUUUCUCUCCUUACAAGGUGGGCACAGAGUACAUGUUUUUCUUUCUCCUAAGUUUUCUUCUUGAUUUGAUAAAUCCAUUCUCUUAUUUUCCUUCUGUCCAAGGAUUCUUGUAAUUGUUAUCUUCAGUUUCCUUGGCAAAAAAGCGGAAGUUAUCCCAACUUUCAGAUGCAGUUUAAUAAAUUGAUUAGCUAAUAAAAGGAUACAAAUUUUUCUUUUCAGUUCUGUAGCGUCAGGAUAUGACUGGAACAAUAUGUAUGAACAUAAAUUCCAAGUAUGUUUGGGCUCUGCUCUAGAGCCUAUUUUUGCACGAUGUUUCAGACCAGGGAGAUGAACUAUUUAUUACAUUAUGAUUUGGUGUUCAUAUCACCUGACUUGGUUAUUUUUUGCUCCAUUUGAAGUGCUUUUUUCCAUAAAAAUUAUCAUUUUGUUCACAGUCAUUAGAAAAAUUAUGAUAUUCAUCUAUAGAAACUUUUGCUUUUGCUGUGAAUAAUACUACAUGAUUCUUCAGGAUCAGAGUAUUCUACAUCAAAAAUAUUGAUAAGAUAUUCAAUUUCUUUUUGAGUGAGAUAUACGGGAUGUUUUCUUGUAAAAUUUGAAGCCAUAUUUGUCUUUUUUACAAAAAAUAUAACGUUUAUCGUCACUAAAACUGGUAUGCAUCUGCUGUGAGCGGUCUCCCAGACACCUUAAAAAGUGAUAACUGAAACCAUAAUAAAGCUAGAAGUGUGAAACUGGAUAUGUGACCUUAUGAGACGGGUUUGGGAAGGUAGAAAAAAGGACAGGGACCAUUUUCUGUUUUUAGGGGUGGAAACGAUGGUUAGAAUAUCCUCAGCAGUUUUGCAGACUGCUCACAGCAGUUAAAGAUUAAAAACAAGAUAAAAUAUUUGACACCCAUUCCAGCAUGUCAUUUAACAUUAAGACAGCUAAAAAUUAGAUCUAUUAAUUUACAAAAUAGAGUGAAUAUGUGUAAAACUUUGAUAUAUUUUUAUUUUUUUAAGUACCUUAGAAAAGUCAGCUAGGAUAUGGUCAGAGUAUUGGACUAAAAGAUGACUUGCAAAACUUUGCAAAAGCUGUGAAAAUAACAUCCUGUGUGUCCUCCUAUUGCUUAUGUGCAAUAUCCGAGUGUCUUUGCUGAGUGCCAGUAAGACUGCACUGUCAGAGUAAUUACUUUUCAACGUUUGCUUAUUGCCAAACCUAAAAAAGAGAAUAUAUAUUCAAAAUAGAAUUUUUAAUGAAUGUGUAGUGAUUUAUGUGCCAUUCUGACUUGGGAAGUGUUAUUGUAAAGAGGUUCCCAUAUUUAUGUAUUCCAUUUAUAAAUGGGUUGCCAUAUUAACAUUCAUGGUAUAUCAUUUUACAGAAUAUAAAUACUCCAUUAGUUAGGAGUUAUUGAUAGCAAUCUGAGAAAAGUGCUUAUUAUGUUUUUAUAUUUAAAAUAUUUAGAUAAAAAAAUUUUAGUUGUAGAAUUUGUUGCAUUUCAAAAAGUCAUGAUAUGAAGUUUAUCCUUAAAAGUAUUUUUUUUUUUUUUUAAUGAUACUGUUAACUAUGUGUACACUGCUAUUUAAUGUAUACUUAUAUUUUUGUUUUGUUGUUGUGCCUUUUUUUUAUAAAGACUAUAUCAUUUUUGUAUUUUAAGUGUUUUAUAUUUGUAUAAGGCAAUAAAGAAAGCAAAUCCUAAAUAUGUUUAUUCAACAUUCUUGUUUUUCAUCAUUUACUUCAUUUUCAUUCUUGAACGUACAUACAUUGAAACCACAAAAGUCCUUACCUGGCCUUUAUUUUCACAACUGUUGGUCAUGGACUUCACGUUACAAAAAUGUUUUAAAUGAUGCAAGUACUUAUGUAGGAUUUUUAAAAACAAAAUGUCAGUUUUUAAAAAAGUUACAAAAUGUAAUUUUUUUAAUUUUCACAACUGUUGGUCAUGAACUUCACGUUACAAAAAUGUUUUAAAUGAUGCAAGUACUUAUGUUGUAGGAUUUUUAAAAAUAAAAAGUCAGUUUUUAAAAAGUUACAAAAUUUAAUUUUUAUACGUUCUCCCAUCCCUAUAUUUAUCUAUUUAGGAAAAUACUAUACUCAUUAUAAGAAAUAAAAUAGAAAAAAAUUUUUGCAUUUUCACAUAAAAUAAAAUAUCAGUUUACUGAAUGGUUUCUGAUGUUAUAGAUUAAGCAAAGAGCAUUUCUAUGGAAGUUAUGGUGAAAAGUUGUGAUUAGUAUAAUGUUUUUAAAAAAAGGUCUGUAAAGAGCAGCAGAAUCUAUAAUGGACAACAAAUCUGUAAAAACAACAGAAUCGUGUUAAAUUUAUGUUCUAGAAAAUACAGGCAGGCUUCGGUAUUAGCGCAUAGACUACUCAUAACAUUAAUUGUAUAUAUUAAAAAUAUUUCUGUAUGAUUCUAAAGUAACAAAACUGCAUAAGAACAGUAAUGUGCUUUCAGUAUUUAAAAACAUAUAAAUUAUGUUGGCGAAAAUUCUUUCAGCAUAACAGUUAUAUAAAAUUAUAAAUUAAAGAAUGUUAGUAAAUCACAAAAGAGUAACACUGAAUGGCACGUAAAGAAAAAAAAAAAAAAAAACCCUAAAAUUCUAAUUUUUUUUUAAUUGACCCUUCAGCGUAGGUUGAAAAUGAUGUCACAAACUUCAUCCAAAGAUUUGGAAAUUAAAUAUCUUAGUUUUUAUCAUAUGUGAGGUUUUUUUUUUUUUUUUUGUUUUUUUGUUUUGUUUGUUUGUUUUCCUAAAUAUAAGUGUGGUGACUGGGAAAAAGGAUUUUCUAAUUCGUUCUAAAUUGAUAUUUUUUUAAAAAAUUGAAAUUGCACCUUUGAUCAUUUAAAAUACUUUUGCAGCUGGAACUAUAUAUCUGCAAAAAGGACUGCAAAAAUAAAGACCAGGUAAUGAAUUUUGCUGAUGCAGUACAUAGUAUUUUAACAUUUAGAAGAGAGUAACACAUUUUGCAGUUUUAAUUGAUACCAAUAAUAUAUGUUCUGUAACGAGUAUGACCUAAAUAAUUCGCUUUUUUACAGUUAAAUAUAAAAACAAGUACUAAUACAUCUGUACAUGAUUAAUAGCUGAAAAUAUUUAUGCAACUUCAUGAAUUUAAACACCUUUUUCUGUUUUAAGGAUUAGAAAUGACCGUAAAGUAUACCAAAUUGUGAAAGCAUUUCACAUCAAAAGCUACAAUUAUUAUUAGCUGUAUUUUUGUAUAUUUACUGUAGUUAUGUUAUUUUCCCCAAGUCCUGUGAUUCGUAGAUAAGGAAACAGAUUUCUGGAUUGUGGACUUGGAAUCUUAAUUUUUUUUAAUAUACAUUUUAUGUCAUGGCAGGUUCAUGUCUGAACUGACCCUGACAAGCUCAGACAAAAGCAGUCUUUUGAACAGUCCAAAGUAACUUGGAUCUAGAAUACCAAGGUCAGCAGUAUCUGAUUUUCUGAGUCUAGAUCUUUGGAUCAUGUAGUCAUACUAACUCUUUCACUAGACACUGACCUAGCAUUUGAGCUCUUAACAUCAGACCUAAAUUUGACUCAACAAGGUCUCGACUUACGAAAUAAGAAGUCGCUCACAGGACACAGUCCUGGACUUCUACGUGUUGUACCAGUCUAUACCAGGCUUGGCAGAAUUCCGCCCAUAAAGUGAUCAACUGACAGGGACAAAAUACUUGCGAUCUGACUACAGCUCAUCCUCUGCCACUCAAGAGUCCAAGCCAAAAAGGCAGUUAUAACAAGGAUCACAUAGGGAACUUCCAAUAGUGCAUGUCACCAGUAGUCAGACCUAGUGGAGUGAUAAGGCCCACUAACACUGGCGUGUAUGACAUAUGCCAUGGCAGCCAAAAAAGGCAAAGACAAGGCUCAGUAAGAGCCUAUAAAAAAGAACAAGCCAAGACCCAAAAAAGGUGAAGAUCCUACCAUUCAAAAAUCCGAACCAGCACUGCUGUUAUGUCUUGAGGAGUCCAAGCCUAAAAUGGCAGAGGAACUGAAAGUGAUCCUGAGGAAAACAUCAAAUCAGUGGAACUGAAAGUAAAAGUGACAUAGACUGAAUGGCACGUAAAGAAUAAAUGAAGAUAUGAGAAUCCUCAAAAAGGCAAUUGAGAAGUCUACAAUUGAGCUCUACAAGGAUCUGACAAAAUAGGACCGACUCUCGAUUGGCACUGGCACCAAUUCAAGGAAUACUUUGAGUCCUAUCAGGUGCUGCAUAUGCUACUGAUUUGAGCAUACUCAGAACAGUUGUGUACAGUUGAAGCAACUAUGAUCAAACUGUCCACAGAAGUAUUCUUGCAAAAAGGACAAACCUGUCUGCAGGAACGGUACAUAAGGUGGAUGCCAAGCACAGGUGAAAGCUGGACAUUUCCUAUUCUACAAUGUACAGGAAAUGCCUGUUCUAGAAGCAUGAGCUGCAACUGCAGAAAUACCACACAAACAAUGAUAGAGGUACCUUAGAAGAAGCAGAUAUGAUGCAAAAUGAAACAAUACAGGCUACUGCUGGUGAACCUAUGGAAAGUAUAGUUUGGUGAUUUUUGCAUUUGGAGCAACUCAUGAGAGAACCUGCAGUCUCGUUAGAUGUUCAUAACAUCCAAGAGUCCUAUAAUGAUUGAUGGGGCAGUCACGAGUAUUGUUUACGAUGUAGCAGGAUACACUACAAAAAUGGGGCAGCAGCAGUUCUGGUCACCUAAUAAAAAUCCAGUUAGCUAGUCAUUUAAUUCAUUAUAAUCAGACAAAAAUUCAGCUUUUAACUGCGACACUAACAGUGAAAUCAAUUGAUAACAUACAAGUUCUUUGAUGCCAUUUAAUACAUCAUUAAACCAGUCCUUAUCAUAUUUUUCACCAAUGGACUACAUUUCAGGGUUUGUACGGCCCUUAGUUUCUUGGAAACAACUUUUGGUCCUUAUAAUUCCUCAAUUUCGGCAACAAUCAGAAAAAGGACAUUAAUUUUACUCAUCUGACAUUUCCAACUGCCAUUUUGAGUGUGAAUUAAUAUUUCAGAGUAAUAUUUUUGGGCAAUGCAUUGACAAAUAUGUAUUUGAUGGGUUAACGUUUGAAUUCUUUACUACUAAAUAUAAACGGUGGAUUCUUGAGAUUUAGGUAUGGAGUGCUGCCUCGAUUAAAAAAAAAAAAAAAAAACAGUUUGAAAUUGUUUCUUUUUAGCGAAUGAAGAUUUCAUAACAUAUUACAUGAAAAGAAACUGUUCCCGUUUUGAAAUAAGAGUUCUUUUAUCAUAUGGCGCUAAAUUUGACGAUUUCAAGAUAAAUUUCUAUAUAAAAUUUUUUAACAUUGCUAAAUUUCAUAAAAAAAAAUGAUAAUACACUUACUUUAAUUAUAUUCAAGACAUAAUGUUAAAAUAAAACAUUUUUAAUUUCUUCUACCCUAUUUUAAAGUGACAUAACUUUCCAUUUUUGUGACUUUUUUGACAAGGACGGAUCAAGCAGUGAAGCUAGAAAAGGAAGCAAAGAAAUUAAACCAAGAGUUUAUUCAAAUAUUUAUCUUGUAUGUCUCAGUGCACCAGACAUACCUCAGUACAAGUCCUAAAUUCUAAAAAUUUUUCAUCCCUAGAUUUUGUUGCUUGGUGUAACAAUAAAUUCUAAAAUGUCUGUUACCCUGGUUCUGGCAUUGGCCUUGACAUUAUAUCAUUUCAUAUUUAUUCUCAAUACUCAUAUUAUUAAAGAAAUAAAAGUUUUUCUAAACAUUCUAAGUGCAAGCAGUUCAUUGGAAUAACAUAAAUCUUUAAUUAAAUAUGAAAAUUUUAAAAAGAGGAGGUAACUCCUUGAAGAAAUUGAUUUUAUGAAAAGAGAAAAUUAUGCUUCAGAGGUACAUAGUUGAAAUAUUAACAAAAUUAAAGCAGAGACUAGUGGGAACAUUUAUUUAU